CAGCCGUAGAAAUAUUUGACAAUUUUUAUUCAGUGAAUGAAAAUUUCGAGCAAUAGUUGAAGAGUAGUUGCAACAAAUCAUUAAGACAAUUAGCAAUUCAAUUAAUAUAUUCAAAACAGUAAACUUUAAUCAUGUGGAAAUUGCAAUUGAUUUUAAGUGGUGGCCUUUGUGUUUGGUUCUUGGCGCUAUUCGCUAUUUUUCCAAAACAAUCUACUAUGGAGAAGGCAUUGUCAGAUCAACGAAAAGCUGUGGCUAAUGAGAUCGCUUCGUUGAAACUAUUGAAUCAAUCAAUUACAACCGCCAAUUCAAAACCGGUACGUAGUGUACUUGUCACAAGCUGGUUGUCAGGCUCUGACCAUUUUGUGAAAUAUUUCCAUCGUGCUCGUGGUUACUAUCAGCAUUUUGCCCCCUUGUUUGAUUCAAGUUACCAAAUUAUACGCGAACCAUCAAAAAUUGAGAGCUCAGUGAAAUAUUUAAAGCGGUUACUUUAUUGUGACUACAACGCCACUGACAUGUUAUUUAAGGUUGCUAAAAAACAUUUUACAUUUUAUUCGUUUUACGGUCAUCAACGAAAACUUUGUCGGAAAUAUCGGUUACAUUGUUGGAAUAGACAUUUUCUAUCAGAAGUUUGCAAAAUGUAUCCGUUUCAAAUGAUGCCUAUUUAUAGGAUGCGCUUAAAAGAUGUUGGUGAAAUGUUAAAUGAUACGAGGUAA